CUCCAAUUAAUCCCACAACCCCACUCCCAAACCUUUCCAAGAAUAGCCUGGGAAGGGUAAUUCUAUUUCCAUCACUGCAAGUGUGUCCCUAUCCAGAAUAUCCAAACUUUUUACCAAACCGAACCCAUCGCAAAGAAUUCGCCAUGUCCCCUCUUCGACGCCGCUCGUCGAGGAUUCGGGGGAGCAAAAACACCCCUUACAAGAGAAAUGAACCCACCUCCAAUAACCUUGCACCGAUUGGUGAGCAGGAGGGAACCCCCAGCCGCGGUGCUGCUGCUCGCUCGACCUUCGACGUCGUCGAAGCUUCACCGCAAGUUCCCAACACCCCGACGACGGCGGGACGUAUCAAGCCUCCGCGCGAAGAGAUGCACCCGAGCAAGAACCAGCAAAGCACUACAAAGAAGGAAGACGAGGGUAUUAGACAUGGCUUCACUGAUAUUGGGGCGAGAAAGCCGGAGACACCGUCGAAGCUCAACAUAAAUUCGUCGUCGGAAUUCGAGUUCAGAUUUGCGAAGCCAGCCCCUUCCCUGGGUCCUGAGGCCCAGCAGAUGAUGGAUGAGAUCCGUGAGGAUGCUCGACGCAUCAAGGCAGAGCUUGCUGCUAAGAGAGACGAGGAGAUCGCUAUGAAUGGGGGUGACAUCCUCGGCGUACUUUCUGGACGAAAGUUUGCGCAGCCGAAGGGCAAGGCUGGUCGAUAUAGUGAUGUCCAUAUGGCGGAGUUUAAGAAGAUGGAUUCUAUUGCUGCCCAUCCUUCUGCUUUCAGAGCCCAGCCUGGACGCAUCACACCGGUUGCAAAGUCUCUCAAGCGAACCCAGUCGAAGGCAAACCUGGCUGAUCGAGAUGUCAACCCUGCCAAGCAAACCACACCACUUGCCAAAACCCUCAAGCGCACCCAGUCAAAGGCCAACCUGGCUGACCGAGAUGCCAGCCCUGCCAAACAGACCAUCAAGUUGGUUCGACCAUCGGUUUGCCCCGAUAAUGAGGCUCCAGCAAAGCGUGCUCGCCAAAUGGGUGCUCGUGAUACGUCAUUUGCCAGACCAAGCUCGAGGGAUGCUAACAUGCAGCCGCCGAGCAAGCCAUCAACGCCGACUACUGGACGUACCGCGAACUUUUUGAACUCGCUUUCUACCCCAACACAGUCUUCGCUUGCACGUGCUGCUGGCAUUAAGCAGGAUGGUACACCUCAGAAUGUUUUGCGUCGGUCUCCUUCAAAGAUCGCUUUGACGCCCGGGCUCGUCAAGUCUGCUACCAUGAAUAACCUGUCUAGCCUCUCCAGGUCGGAAUCUACCCACAAAUUCACCGACAAGAUGAAGUCUAUCCUUCGUCGUCCAACCGCUCAUGCGGAUAAUACUAUGCCGCCUCCGCCAAGCUCCAUUCCAUCAUUGAUGAAGAGCCCUAGCAGGGCAAAUCUUCGUCAGGAGAUUCCAUCUGCACCAGCAACACCUACGGCCAAAACCCUCCCUCGUUCAAAGAGCACUAAGCAUGUCAACUUCACUCCCACCACUGCCACGAAGAACGAGCCCCACCACUCCCCUACACCACUCAAGUCCAACAUCCCCCGCUCAAAGUCCUUCGCCAACCUCAACUCAGUGGCCUACCCCACCCUCCCAUCGGCCUCCAAAUCUGUUACCCGCCCAACCGAGAAGCAACCCGAGAGCACCAUCACCUACCCCUCCCUGCCCCAACUCCCCUCCUCCCCCACCCUCUCACGCACGCCCCUGCAGCCCAUCGCAGUCGUCCCAGCUAUCCCCGCCGUCCCAGGCGUCUUCACCUUCACCAGCGGCCAGACCAUCAAAUUCGGCACUCCCCCCGUGCCACCACAGCAGCGCAACCUGGGCACGUCCCCAGGACAAUCAAGCAUCCGCCAAGUACGUUCCAGCAUCCUCCCUCCCACCGCCAUGCCGGGCGCAUUCCCUGACGCAGACAAGGAGAACGAGGCACCUGCCAUUCCGCACGGGUUGGCGAAUAAGAAGCGUGCGCGCGCUGCGUCGCCGGAUGAGAUGGAUGUGACGGCGCCGGAGAUGAAGAAGAAGAGGGCGCGUGUUGCGGAGUCUGCUGAUGAGGGGCAGGAGGAGCGCUCGCCGAAGAAGAGGAGGGGAAAUGUGAUGGAGGGGGAGGUGGAGACGAUGGCGAAGAAGAUUGUGAAGGAGCAGAUGGCGCCGAAGAGUAGUAUUCCGAGUCCGGCGAGGAGGGCGGGGGGGUUGAGUUUGAGUAGGCUUAAGAUGCUUGCUAUGCCGAAGUCGAGGAGAUAGGCUGGCUGGCAGAGAUUGGAUUGGCAGCAGCAGAACGGGUUUGUUGAAGUUUGUGCAUGGGGCGUAUUGAUAUGGCGUAUGUAUGUCUCUUUCAUGGGAUGGGGGUGGGUUUGGUGUAUAGGGGGGAUCUAGUGUGUGAAGAGCUCAUCACUGGAUUUGGUAUUUGGGGUUGGGGGUUUGAUUUUAUGUACGAGGUUCUUUUGAUUCUUUGUUUGGAGUAACUCUUUUUUCGUUUUCUUUUGGCUUUUUUUUUUUGAGUUUAAUGUGGGAUGAAAACAAAAUGAGAGGGGUGGUUGGUUGGUGUUGACGAGGUUAUUAUUGUGUGUUGGAGUUUUAUUUUCGCAAAUGGAUUUUUUUGUAUGAGGUUAUAUGGGCUACUCCAUGGGGUUUGGAGGAUCUUAUCUUACUGCUGUUACUAGACAGACUUGUUGAUUCUUUUUUGAUCUUCUUGUUUGUGGUUUUUGUAGUUUUGAGAGUCUCAAUUGACGGUUGUUGAAUGUGCCUGUCCUUCGCACCUUCCCCCACUGUGAGAAAUUACGUAUUUUGGUUCGCUCUUUCCGUCAAUAAUGACACUUCUUCAUGAUUUCAGCUAG